GUCGGUACCGUUGUAAACAAAGUAUCUAUCUCGUUUUCUUUUAUUAAUUUGAUUUUAAUAGUGGAGUACGUCGGUGAGCCUAAUAGCCUCGAAUUAAAGAUUAAAAAUAAGUUGUUCAUCAUGUGUGGUUAUGAAAAUUACGAAUUUUUUUUGCUGAAAGUAUAUCCUACACCGUUGAAUACAAGUCUGUAAAGAAUCAUAAUUUAGGUUAGGUUAGGUUAUAUCUAGAACGGAUACGGAAAAACCAAGAAGUGUCGUCAGUACCUGAAAAUUACAUUAUUUUCGAUACUUUACUGAGGACGGGAACGAAAAUAAAAUAUCCAAAUCCAUCGAAUCCGAGUUCACAAAAGAUCGACUGAUUUGUGAUGGCAGGUUCAGCAAAACACAAGUCGCGAUCGACAGAACGUUCUCGGUCGGGAACGCGAAUUAACAAAAAAAAAAAGUCUGGAAAAAGGAACGCCUCUUCGAGUACCAGCAGCAGCUCUAGCGGUUCUGAAGUUUCGGUGAAACGAAAAACUCAAUGUUCUAAAGACAAAAGAAAGAAAUCCAGGUGCUAUAGCAGCAGUUCGUCAAAUAGUAGUUCAAGCUCAUCAAGCCGCUCAAGUUCUGUACGUCGUAAGGAGAAACGAGUGAAGAAUAGUAAGCGGGACGAGAAUGAGGAUAAGGCCUCGGAAAAGCAUGACAGUAAGCAUGUUCGGAAUCAAGACACUAAGAGCGACAGAAAUCGACACAGGAGCCGUAGCUGCAGUGGUAGCAGAUUUGCCAAAAAGAAUGACAAUCGGCGAUUCAAUAAAGAUGUACAGAGUUAUGGCGCAGAAAGAUUCAAUAAUCACCAAAGAAAUAAUUAUUAUCACAGAGAUAAGCGCCAUGAUCGAUUUGGCGGCAAUGACCAACGCUGGAACUAUAAUCGGUCAGGAUAUCGUUCUAGGUAUAAUCAUGAAUCGCGUAACAACAUGGGCUUCAAUAGAAAUGAAAACUUUGCGGAACGCAGCUAUAGAGAUAUGAAACCAGAUCACAGAAGAUCGAAUCGUAGUUCGGGAUUUGAAAAUCGGAGUGAACGGGAAGACUUGAGGGGCAGCGGAGAUCACAAGUUCCCUCUUUCCAAUGCUUUGGAAAAAACCAGGGAAGCUGCGACAUGUGGGCAUCAUGAAGAUGCAAAACAAGUAGAAAAGGAUAUCAUAUUACGAAGCGAUAAAGUGGCAAAAAAGAAAGCUCGCAGCCUUUCCUCUAGCAAGAAUUCUAAGAAAUCAAAAAAACGUAGUUCUUCGAGCAGUAGUAGCAGCAGCAGUAGUGAUAGUGACAGCGAUAGUAGUAGCAGCAGCAGCAGCAGUUCUGGUAGCAGCAGCGACGAAUCGCGUGCUGAAAAGAAACGUAAGAAACGCAAAAAGGCAACUAAAAAGCUCCAGAAAAUAGAAAAAAAACGCAGGAAGAAGGAAAAGAAAUUGAAGAAGAAAUUGAAGAAAAAGAAGGCAAAGUCUGCGACCAAGGAGAAAACCUCUUCUCAAAUAGAAAAUUUAACUACUGACAGACUGCUCAAAGAUAUACCGGUGGAAGUGAUCGAGAAGGCAAAAGCAAUGGCUCCGAUGACCAAAGAGCAAUGGGAGAAAAAACAGAGCGUCAUCAGAAAGGUCUAUGAUGAAGAAACGGGACGUCAUAGGUUGAUUAAAGGGGAUGGUGAAGUACUAGAAGAGAUAGUUAGCCGCAACCGUCAUAGAGAGAUAAAUAAACAAGCAACACGUGGCGAUGGGGAAUUCUUCCAAUCCCAGCUGAGACUGGCUAAGUGACUAUGCUCAAUAAAUGUGAGAAUGACAACGCAAUAUUCAGUGUAACAGACAUAAUACUAUAUUUGAAGAACAUGGAUUGUCGAUAGUGUCAGUUUGAUGACUGUUGACAGUAUAACUAUGCAUCGGUUUAAAAAAUAUAUAGAUAAAUAUCAAUACAAUACCCGUUGAAAAAUCAUAAUAUGGUUACAUAAUCUAUUUAAAUUCGUGUUGAAUAAUCGCAUAUUAUGAGUAAAGAUAUGGUACCAUUUUGCAUCGAUCGCCUGUAUUCAAUCAGUAGUAAGUGAUUGAGCUUUUUGAUAAUGAAAAGAUGACGUAAACAAAUGAUUUAGAAUCUUAACAACUAAUACUAUUCCAUGAAACGAGCAUUAAAAUAGUUUAGUUUCUUUUCAUUAUUAAUACGGUUAAAAUCUUUCUUUUUAUGUAUAUACAAGAUAUUUUACAAGAUCAUAAUCCUCCGUGUCAAACCUCAAAUUUAAUUUAAUUUUUAACUUUUUCAUUUGAACUCUGAAUGCUUUUAAUGCAUAAUAAAGCAAAGUACGAGAGGCAUUUAGACACAUAGAUCAAACUUUUCGGUCAUCCCGCCACCAGUGCAAAACACUUGAAGUCAAUCUAGCUGCAAUUCAUACGAACCGCAUUUUGUUUUCUGUACAAAGUUGGACCAACACUUGCACUACCUUUUUAUUUAUCAAUCUUACUAACAAUUCAAACUCUAAUAUAUUAGCUGGUUAUUUCAAUUUUCCGACACCUGAAGUUUACUUUCGGUAAAAUUGAACAUAUAUUUUUUUUAUCUCGAAAACAUUCAACAUUUUCGACUAAGUGCACCAAUCUUGGAAUCUUAGGUAGUAGUAGUCCAUGACGCAAGAACUCAAUGCUAUUUAAUUUUUGUUCCCGAGUUUGUUACUGCUUGAAUAAUAUCUAGAACACU